AAGCAUUAAUGCAGAUACUUGUGCCCAAGUAACAGGUAGGACUUGUCAAGACAGGAUAUGACUAAUUAUCGGCACGAGACCCGGAGAUCCGGGCGGUGCUGGCAACAAUCCUUAUCUCGCCCCUUUCAGCAGUGUUGCGUACGCAAGCUUCUUUGAACAUCAACCACCACCAUCGCCUAUAUAUUGCUCCUCCUGCGACCUGCUACGAUAUCCAACUUUCUGUCCCCUCUUUCUCAAUGCGUUGUUUAGUCAUCGCAUCGCUGGCCGCCCUAGCGGUAGCCCACUCGAGUCGCACGAGCCCAACGCGGCAACGGAAGUCAUUGGGCUUCGGUCCUGUUCAUCCUCAUGCCGUGUAUCGCUCCAGUCCUUACCAGAUUACCACAAACGGUUUCCUUCCUUUAGCUCUCAUAGAGGACCCUUUUGAGGUCGCGAAGCUCUUUAUAGAAGAUAUCCUGGUCGACCAGCUGUCAGAUACCAGCUCUUAUAGAAUUCGGAAGGAUUCCUAUACCGACAAGAACACGGGCAUUACCCAUAUCUACGUUCGCCAGAUUGUCAAUGGCUUAGAGGUUGUUGAUGGAGAUAUGAACAUCAAUAUAAAGGGUGGUUUGGUGAUAUCAUAUGGUAACUCGUUCUACAAAGGACCGAUUCCUCAAGCCUUCUCUAAUCCCGACCUCGAUGAGAUUCGUCACCCCCACCGAGAAUACUGCGAGGAACUCGAGGUUGAGAUGAAGAGUCGUCUCCAUUCGUUCCUGGGACAGCACGGACAGACCGUCAUGGAAGAAUUCGGUUCUUGGGAGUCUCACCCUGAAUUCCGCUCAUUCUUUGGACCCCUAGCGCAUAUACACGCAUCCAAUUGCCGUGCUACGCAUCUUCCUUACGAUAUGGCCUCUUCGCCUGAGGUCGACUUUGCUGACGUUCGACCUGCUCUUCUCCAGUUUAUGCUGGCGGCAACCCCUAACGACAAGAUGGUCAAUGACAUCCUUGCUAACUAUGACGAGUAUCUCGCAAAGAUGUCUGUCUCUCGGGAAGAUCACUUUGUUACUCCCGACGAACCUGUCGUGAUGUCUAUCGAUAACGUUCCGGACACCGUCAACCCCGUGAGGUCGAGCUUGACCUACAUUCAAGUACCCAACAAGAAGGGUGACAGUACCGACCUCAACUUAGUUUGGAGGUUCGAAGUUGAGAUGCAAGACAACUGGUAUGAUGCCGCCGUUUCCGCUACUUCCCCUCACCGUAUCAUCUCUGUCGUCGACUGGGCGUCGGAUGCCCCUAUCCCUACUCCGGAACCUUCCGUGGCUACUUACAACAUCUUCGGUUGGGGUACGAAUGAUCCUCAGGAAGGUAAACGUAUCAUCGCGAAGGAGAACUUCGACAUUUUGGCAUCCCCCGUGGGUUGGCACGCGAUUCCUCAUACCAACGACCCGUCUUUGAAAGGCGUCAAACUCAAUAGCAAACAGUUCUGGAGGAACACCACAACAACCUGGGGUAACAACGUCUUUGCACAGGAGAACUGGGAAGGUCAAAACUUAUUCAUCGACAACUACCGUCCCGACUCGGGUGUCGACAGAGUCUUUGACUACAAAUACGCACCCAAGGUUACCGACAAAGUAGACGCGCAAGAUGAGGCGUAUAGUUACAUCAAUGCUACUAUCACUCAACUGUUCUACACUACCAACAUCAUACACGACUUCUACUACAGGUACGGAUUUGAUGAGGUGUCUGGCAACUUCCAGCAGUACAACUUUGGUCGUGGAGGUGAGGAGAACGACGCCGUUAUUGCCAAUGCCCAGGAUGGUUCUGGAUAUAACAAUGCCAAUUUCAUGACACCGCCUGACGGUCGUAACGGACGCAUGAGAAUGUACUUGUGGAACACUGCUUUGCCCUACAGAGACGGUGAUAUGGAAGCGGGCAUCGUCAUCCAUGAGUUGAGUCAUGGUUUGAGCACUAGGUUGACCGGUGGACCUGCGAGCUCCUCGUGUUUGGGUUGGGGUGAGAGUGGUGGUAUGGGUGAGGGCUGGGGAGACUUCUUGGCUACCACCAUCCGAAGCAAGAGCAAAUACUCUGACUUCCCUAUGGGUGCAUGGGCUGCUAACCGCGAACAGGGUAUCAGGAACUACCCCUACUCUCUUAACGAUACCAUCAACCCAUCGACUUAUCAGACUCUGGACAAGCCGGGCUACUGGGGUGUCCAUGCCAUUGGUGAAGUCUGGGCUCAGAUACUCUGGGUUGUCGAACAGCGUCUCAUCGCCGUGCACGGGUUCAGCGACGAUUUAUUCCCUCCUGUCCCCUUGGCUGAUGGUACCGUUCCCGAGGGCAACUUCUACCGACCGCGUGCUGGCAAGAAGCCUUUGGUGCCCAAGCAUGGCAACACGUUGAUCGUCCAGCUCGUCAUCAACGGGAUGAAACUCCAACCCUGCCGACCAGGCUUCUUCGAAGCUCGUGAUGCGAUCAUUCAAGCUGAUGAACAGCUUACUGGGGGAGAGAACUUUUGCACGCUGUGGAGUGCCUUUGGGGAGCGCGGGCUUGGCGUAGAUUCGAGGGUUGAUGGUAAGACUCCUUGGGGCGGAGGACUUAGAACGAAUGGUUAUGCCGUUCCCACUGCUUGCCAGUGAGCGUUAUUGAAACCAUAUAAUCUGUAACGUGA